AUGCCGGUAACGGCACAGGUUUACAAGUUCCACUCUCCGGUGACGGUACCUCCAAGAUCACGCCUCAGUACACCCAUCUUUUCAGCAAGGACACCACCCAGCCACCGUAUAUGGUCUACCGCAUGCUCGAGCCCUGUUCAGUGGCUGCGCUGCACCAAGGAUGAAGCUAGGUACUGGGAGAGCAUUGGCUACGACACCUUCGAUACCGUUGGUCAGAAGAAUUCACUCAAGCCCGCUCUUGUGUAUGGCAGCCAGCAAGACGUGGAUCCAAAUUCUGCGUCUCGUAGUCAGAUGGAGGAAGUCGCGAAUGCGGAGCGCACCCUGGAGGCUGCAGGCAUUUCAGCUAUCCGUGACGAGAGGCUAAUGACUGGUGGAUCACUUCGAGUGCCCGUGAAGGGACAGUUUGCUCAUGACAGCCAGGUGCUAACGAGUUCGAGUCAUCCAGUGAUGUCUUCGACAAGCCGGAGGCAAGGAACUCCGAAGCAUCUGCCAAGGAUAGGUAAGGGCGAUGCCUGA